CAACCCCGAAGAAGGAAGUGGACUUAGGCAUGAGAAGUAACGCGUAACGCCAGGCAGAGGGACAGAGCUUGUGCCUUGCAGUGAGCCCGCCGUGCGGUAAACGGCCCCGGUCCGCAGCGAUGGGCUGCCGCUGCUGCCCACACGCCCGGCUGUGUUCGCGCUCCUCCACCUACACCCUCGCGCUCGGCCUCGGGUUUGUCACCCUGGGGACCAGCCGCAUCCUCCUCCUCAAGUUUUCGGCCAACGCAGAAAACAAAUAUGACUACCUUCCUGCCUCAGUUAACCUGUGUGCAGAGGCCAUUAAACUGGUUUUCUGUCUGGUGAUGUCUCUGAGAGUCAUGAUUCAGGAGGGUCGCUCAUACAAAGAAUGGGGCUGCUCCUCUUGUGCUGCCUUUCUCAGCUACAUGAAGUGGUCUGUUCCUGCCUUCCUCUACUUCCUCGACAACCUGAUCAUCUUCUCGGUGUUGUCCUACCUUCAGCCUGCUAUGGCAGUGUUGUUUUCAAAUUUUGUCAUUCUGACCACGGCCUUACUGUUCAGGAUCGUGCUGAAGAGACGCUUGUCCUCAGUCCAGUGGGCAUCCCUAGUGAUCCUCUUCCUGUCAAUCGUCGCCCUGACAACGGGCACAGGUGGGAGCCAGCAUGUCACUGCGGUGCACGGCUUCCACCUCAGCCAUCUCUCCACCCCCACCAACAGCUGCCUGCGCUAUACCCAGCUGGAGGCGGAGCAUCUGGGCCAGGGGAACUCAUCUAGCUGGGGCGAGGCCCUGCCUGGGGCGCCCUGGAGCAAGGAGCUUCUCCACACCCUCAACGGCCUGGGCCUGGGACACGUCCUGCUCAUCCUACAGUGCUUCAUCUCUUCCAUGGCCAACAUCUACAAUGAGAAGAUCCUAAAGGAGGGGGACCAGCUGACCGAGAGCAUCUUCAUCCAGAACAGCAAGCUGUAUGUCUUUGGCCUGGUCUUUAACGGGCUGACCCUGGCCUUACACCCCCGGUCCCGCGCCCUUGCUGCGCACUGUGGCCUGCUCUACGGCCACAACGUCUACUCCGUGGCCCUCAUCUUCGUCACCGCCGCCCUGGGCCUAUCGGUGGCCUUCAUCCUCAAGUUCCGUGACAACAUGUUCCACGUGCUGACGGGGCAGAUCACCACCGUCCUCGUCACGUCCUUCUCCCUCUUCCUGUUCGACUUCCGGCCCUCGCUGGACUUCUUCCUGCAGGCUCCUGUGGUACUGCUGGCCAUCUUUAUCUACAACGCCAGCCGGGCAAAGGACCCAGAAUACGCCCUGCAGCGAGAGAAACUGCGGGUCAUCAACGGGGAGGUGUCCGAGAGAUCGCGAGGGGAUGGGGAAGAGCUGGAGAGGCUGACGAAGCCCAACACAGACAGUGAGUCGGAGGAGGAUUCUCUCUAACGCUCGGGACCAGGAAGUGCAGAGGAACACUUUCUUUGCACCGGUCUGUGACUGCACUGAGAAUAUAUGAUAUCACUUUUCAUUGUGUUAAAUGAACUGUCUUAUGUGCCUGCUUAUGUAUGAAAAGCUGUAUGAAAAUCCAUUGUGUUCAAGCAGUGAAAAGUCCGAAAUAUGCCGAUUUUGGAAAACACUACAGCGGUGACUUGGCAGCAUAUGAGAGAACGUGGUUUGUGGUGCUGUUUGAGUGAGGCUUAACCAUACAGCCAAAAUGUGCAGCCGUGAAUAUAGGAGGCACACACACACCAUAUUCAUAGAAUACAUACUCUUAGAGGAGAAAGCAUGGUUUAACUAAUUUGACACAAAGUGCAAUCAGCGUUUUUUUGUGCAGUUUUUUCAACCCAUGGUUUCUUAAUGGGACAAUGAUGAUACUACUCGGUUGCUCUUACAUUACUCUUUUAUUUACAUAACAGGGAUUUGCUCUGCAAAAAGUCAGCUGUGCUUUUUUCACCUUAAGGAAAUGUUGGGAUAUUUGCAUUAGAUGUUGCAUAUCACCAGAUGAAUGUAUUGCCUGUGGACCCCCUGAUAUCCAUGGUUUUGGCCAGAGUGCUUUGUACUGACUGCAGCAAUUAAAUGGAAUCAAAGAAUGCAGUGAAGUGCCAAACAUUAAUAACACAUUGCUCCCCAUGUGUUUGGGUCUCAGAACCUGGCCGUAGGGUUUAAACUCUAUUCUGCUAAGCACAAAACACAAGGUUUUGAUUAGUUAGAUGAGUGUAAUGGGCGUUUGUUUUAAGGAAAGGGUGGAAUAGUUUGAAAAUUUUGGAUUUAUGUUUUUGAAAAUAAAUAAGUUGCCUUCAUGUAGAACAUUGGAGCUGCCAGAUUCUAGAAGUAUUACAUUAUUGCGCAGCAAUAUAUUUUGUCCUACCAUGUACAGUUUUAUCUCCGUUUAUAUGCUGUUUAUUGUACUGCAGUGUCUUGUAAGAGUAUUUACAGUAAGCUGUGCUAACUGUGGGCUGAUAAAUUUACUGAAAUAUACAUGACAUUUGAACAUGAA